AUGGGACUGUCUGAAAGCUACCCUGCGUACGGCGGCCGCGGCCCAGAUGACCUUCGCCUGGGACUUGGGUUGGGCACAUUGGCCACCAUUCUUAUGAUCUUGCGCGUCUACGUCAGACUGAGGGUCAACCAAUUCGGCACAACGGCGUUGAUUUGGUCACUUGUGGCUUGGUUCCUCACUGUCAUUACACAAUGUUUUGGCGUGAUAUCUGUCCUUCACGGACUAGGAAACAAAAUCGCCGUUGUCGAAGCAACCAAUCAAUUAGGAAACUAUCUUCUAUUCACAUGGAUCACGGUCUUCUUUUUCAACAUGGCAAUCCCGAUUGGAAAGGUUGCAGUGGCAGCAUUUUUGAUUGAGAUUAAUGCGGGAGGCAAUCCUAGGAUCCGCAAGAGUCUAAUCGCUGUUGCUGCAUUGAAUAUCAUUCUAAAUAUCCCGCAGGUCUUGCUUGCCUGGUUCCAAUGCAGUCCCCCCAGUGCACUUUGGGAUCCCUCACGACAAAACUUGUGUAAUCACAGCACGAGUGUUCAUUACACCUACUUUGUUGGUGCCGUAGCGGCAGUCUCGGACUUUUAUCUGGCCAUCAUUCCCGUUACGAUGCUGGCACCAUUACGGAUUGAUCGUAAGCUGAAAUGGGGGUUGAGUUUCCUCAUGGGGCUCGGUGUUUUUGCUGGAGGAGCUGCCAUUGUUCGAACAUGGGCAGCUAAGUUCAUUAUGAGUGAUGACCCAUCAUGGGGUGUCGGCAUUUUGUUCCAUUGGGGUGAAGUUGAAGAAUGGGUUGUUCUCAUCUCCAUGUCAAUUCCUCCGGUUUGGCCUUUGUUCCGGCCAUUCACCCACCGAUUUAUCAAAUCUAGCGCGUCUCGCAGUAACCCGCUCUACAACCAAUACAGCCAAUAUGGCUCGAAGACGGGUAAUCAUACCUCGACUGGCGCACCUCCUGUCGUCACUACUACUAUUUCCAUUUCAUCCACCAAGGGCGUUUCAGCCGCAGCGAUGCCGGUGGGGGCAUCAUCCUCGGCAGAGUCUAUGACCAGGUAUUCCGAAGAACCCGAGACACCUCAUACUGUUUGGAGCAGCAAUGGGGACCCAGAAGGCUGGGUGGAAAUGUCUCACUACAAGCAAAAUCAUUGCCAGUGA